UCGCCUGCUCGCUAAGCCGUUAGCAUGGCUACUGCCUAAUCACAGACAGACUGCAGUGCCGCAGCGGAGAGGACAGCGACGGGUCGCCUCCACUUUCCUUCACAUUCUUCCAUUGUUUGCGCUUUUGUUUUGAUCGAGAUGGGGACACGAGACGACGAAUACGACUACCUGUUUAAAGUGGUCCUAAUUGGAGACUCUGGUGUGGGGAAGAGUAACCUGCUGUCUCGUUUCACUCGCAAUGAAUUCAACCUCGAGAGCAAAAGCACUAUUGGAGUGGAGUUCGCCACACGUAGCAUUCAGGUGGAUGGAAAGACCGUCAAGGCUCAGAUCUGGGACACGGCAGGACAGGAGCGCUACCGAGCCAUCACUUCAGCGUAUUACCGUGGAGCUGUGGGGGCCCUCCUAGUGUAUGACAUCGCCAAGCAUCUGACCUAUGAGAAUGUGGAGCGCUGGCUUAAGGAGCUCCGAGACCACGCAGACAGCAACAUUGUCAUCAUGCUGGUGGGCAAUAAAAGUGACUUGCGUCACCUUCGGGCUGUGCCCACUGACGAAGCACGUGCAUUUGCAGAGAAAAACGGUCUGUCCUUCCUAGAGACCUCAGCUUUGGAUUCCACCAAUGUAGAGACUGCUUUUCAGACCAUCCUGACUGAAAUCUACCGGAUCGUAUCCCAAAAGCAGAUGUCUGACCGCCGAGACAAUGACAUGUCACCUAGCAACAAUGUGGUGUCCAUCCAGGUGCAACCUACUGAGAAUAAACCAAAGAUGCAGUGCUGCCAGAGCAUCUAGCGACUCCUGUACCACCCACCCCCCUCCCCCAAAUCCCCCACACGCCCACCUGCAACACCCCCUCCUCCCCUCCUCUUCAAGACUGCUUUGGGUCUGAGAUGCAGCUGCACAACUAGGCUUGAGCACAGAGGCUGGUUCCAAAGCUGAGUCUCAAAGGGUCACCACCUGCAGUCUGGACUAAGCUUGUUGUUUGUUUUUUUGGUUGGUUUUCUCCUUCCUGCCAUGGUAGGCUUUUAUAUUGCAGAAUUUUAAUAAUCAUUUGUGCCGAUCUUCACUGAAAUGUCUUAAUAUAUAAUUUCAUUCGCAAACGUGUGAGGUUCGCUCAUGUAUGUCUUUAGUAGCAGCCCCCUCGUCACUGUCGUGUCUGAGGUGGAGGGGAGAAACGUGCAGUAUUGGAGGUUUUGCUAUAUUUAAUGUUGUGAUUGUAGAGAGAUGAUGUACCUGAUAGAUGUUAGACGAUGAUUAGGGCCCAAAGACCACAGUCUUCACCUUUUUGUCCAUCUCCCAAGUAUGGUUUACAUUUGCAUUCACACUUCCUUCAUGCAUUCGGCACGGGGCGGCAUUGAAUUUCACCAUCAGGCACGUAGCUUCUGCGCUCUUUUCUCUUGGCCAUCAUGUGCUUCUUUUGCAUCGAGGUAGAUUAGUGGUUUUUAGUGCCUUUUUUGAUGAACGUCACAUGCGGAUGCUUUCAUGCAUGUGCUUUACUGCUGUCCGUGCCAGUGCUGCGAGGCCUUCAUCACGCGCUCAAAUAUAGUCUAAUACAGACAUUCUCUUUCGCUGUCACCAGCCCUUUCAGCUGUAGUCUUGGAGAAGCUUCAGUUUCUAAUAAACAAAAACUGUUGUCAUAAUUCAUUAAGAGGGGGAAUGUUGUAUUUGAAACACUACCACAAAUGUUUUCAGUGUGAAAUGAGGGAAAAAAGACUUCCUCUACAUGUAACAUUAUCUUCAUAACCGCAAACACGUCAUGAUUUUGCAGGUCACACUCUGGCAUUAAAGUCAUGGUUCACCUAAAGAUUGAAAUUCUGCUGUUUGUUUACUGGCUUUAUUUCAUUAGUUGAAUGUCUGAACAGAUCUUUUUAGGGGAAACUACAGUUUAGUCCUUUAAAAGAACACAAAAUAAAUAUCUUUGACUCCUGACUUCCUGAGCAAACUUAAUGUCGAGUGAAAUUAUGAUUUACCAAAACAGGUUUCAGCUAAAAAUCGACUUUAAUUAUCUACCAAAGGUAAGAAGUCAGGUAAAUCAGCAGCGAAUGUUCAGUUUUAGUUGAACUAUCCUUGAAAGUCAGAACAAGAAAACAGAAAACAGCGGCCAGUCGAUGGCCACAUCACAUGAGAGCACUCUAGGGAAUAGACUGGAUACUUUCUCUCUUUAUUUUUUGCACUGAAUGUAAAAUAUAUCCCGUUUCAAUUGUUAAUUUCCCCGCCACUACAGCAGUAAUGACCUUAAGACCUGUAACUUGUAUUUAUUCUGUGGUAGUCACUUAAAUCCAGUUGUUAGCCUUCAAUCUCGAAGCGAUGGGACUCGUUAAGAUCAUUUCUGAAUGUAUUAUGUGUUUUAGCCUACACGAUGUCUUCGUCCUGAUUCCAGCAGAUGGGGCAAAACUACCACAGGCUGUGAUGCUCGUCUUCGCUUAAUGGCUGUCUGCUCAAAAUUUACUCGGUGUGACGUGAAAUAUCAGUAAAGGCUGAACUAAUAAUGCAUGUUGUAUAACGGGUGACCUCGGAGAGGGAGAAUACUGUAGACCUCAGCAUCUUAGUCUGCAAAUCCUGAAGUCAUUUAUUUUCACUUUGGAUAUCGAUCCCUUUGACUUUAAUUAGCCGAACCCUAGGUGAAAAAAACAACAUAGUUUGCUAAGAUCAUUCUUAACAGUAUGAGAACACAUUCCAGGUGGAAUCGAAGGCCCUUAAAGGCUGCAAUGUAAUUAGCCAAUCAGACUGAAGCGACAUUACUGCGCAAGUGCAUGUGAGUCAUUUUACUGUCUCCUAUAUCUCCUAAAGUUAAACUCUAGAUCUUCUUAGCAGCACACCGAGGUUAAUACAGUACUUGUCUCCAUCGGAAGGAAAAACGCCUCAUGAUUUUACGAGCGUUAGGGUCUGUUAGGGUUGACUUAGUGACCUUGACUCUGAUUGUAAGACUGUUCUUUUGAGGCAGGGGUCUCUGGUGCUAACGGGGGCCAGUGCCAAUGAUGUGAGGGUACAGAUGGCACAACCAUGACCUGCCCAUGCACUGCACAUAGCUGGCGUGAUUACCGGAUAUUACUUUUUCUGACUGUCGGAUCUUUCACGUAUUGCCUCCAGAAUCUCAUUUCUUUUUCCUUUCUUUUGUCUGCACUGUACUGUGAUUUACUUUUUUUAUUGUUAUGAUUAUACUAUUACUCUUGUCCACUGUAAUUCCAAUUUAAAAGAGCAAAUAAAAAUAUGUAGGUAAUUCAAA